CACGACCAAGUCGGGGAAAACUGACCUCGAAUUGUGUGACGUCAUCACGGCACUUGGGCAGCAGCUAUUGUUUCACGUCUUGAUUACAGCAACAGUCGCCGGCCUGCUGGCGUCUUGGCUGUACGAGAACACGGUCCAGCACGGCGCCUUGGUGCUCAGAAGUGCCAUCAUUAGCGCCGGGAACGUCGCUCGACUUUUGGGGCGGGGCGCGUACUCAAGGGCCUGUGGUGGGGAUGUCUGUUUAAGAACGGUUCGGGCGGGGCAGCGUGUUGGCCGUGCGCUGGUCGUGUUGUGCGUGUGUGUUCUUUUUCCUAAGAUUGUUGCGGUGGUGAGGAGGAUUAACCAGGGAUUUAGUGCCUGUGUUGUUUAUUCGGCGAAGGCGGGGAAAAUUUGGUAUCAGAGAUGUGUUCACGGAUUACGGUGGAUAAAAGCCCGUGCCGUUUUUUACGGGCCCAGGCUGCUAGUAUUUAGCCCGCGACGCUGUGUGAGUUGUUUUGAUUUGCAGGCGAUACCUUUUCUGUCUGAUAUCUACUACCAUAUGUCACGUACGGCGAGGUGUAUCUUGUACCCCGUAACCAAAGUGUACGUUGUCGUUCACCGGUUGUACAACUACGCUGUCGGGAUUCUCCGAUCCAGGUGUCCGGGCGGUUUUGUCGCCGCGGUCCGCGGGUCGCAGGCGGUCCAGUCCUGUCCUGGUCAGCUGCUGGCCGCGGUCGUCAACUGCCUCCGCCAGCGGGCCACGGUAUGCAGACACAUGCAGGCGAUAACUUGGAAGGCUGUACCAUUCUUCAGGGCGGUGGUGGACAAAAGCGGUCUCAGUGUUGUGUGUAGUUAUUGUACGAACAGUUGGACAGCCAUAUUGGCGAACUCUGGCAUUCGUGAUCUCAAGGGUAAGUCUCGAUGCCUGCUGGCAGUGCUGUGUUGUCGGAUGAUCCACCCCCGGUGCCACCUGAGAAACUGUCUGAUCGUCAUCCUCCUGUUUGUGUCCUUGACCCUUGUGUACUUCUCCUUCCAUGGCCACCAGCUGAGCAAGGUGGACAGGGCCCCACCUGAAGCAGAGAGCCAUCCCCUGGUCACUCCGCUUUUUGGAAAUAUUGAAAACUCGAAGCCGAAACAAGACACAAAAAGAAGAAAUGUCUCAGAAACCCAAGGCAAGCACCCCAAGAAGUCUGGGUCACAUAAGAAAGGCAAGCACGGGCUGGAGGCUGAGCUGGAGGGGGAUAGCUGGGGGCAGGUCUCUGAUGUCAUCAGCCUCAUGGCCAGGUUCAACAGUCAGAACCAAACUGUUGCGGCCUUUGUCAACAAAGAUGUGUUGAUGAAACAGAUAGAAGUACUGCGUGAGGCUAUGUUGAGUGAAAAAAGUGUUCUUCCUACAUUAGGAGGGCCCCCUGCUUGUAUGAAUGGCCUAAAGACUGGAGAAGUGGAAGAUUUGCUCUGUAUACCAAAGCCCAAGUAUUUGACCCACAUAAAGAACCCAUGCUGGUAUGAAGACGAGACAGUGGAUGGUGUCGGGAUCCCCAAACUCAGGUGUCUGCCUUACUUCCACAUUCUUGGUUGUGCCAAAUCUGGGACCACAGAUCUCUGGGACCGGCUCAUGUCACACCCCCACAUCAUUUCAAAUGAUGGCGUCUUGCAGAAGGAAGCUUUGUGGUGGUCUUGGCGAAGAUAUGGUUUUUCAGGCUACAAAAGAGUGCAACCCUCAAACUUCAGCCAGUACGUCAACCUGUUUGAGGACACCGCCAGACAGGUGCAGGCGUCCAUAGACAAAGGCACCCUCUACCACCAGAUCCUCAUCACAGGAGAUGCAUCACCUCCUGACUUCUGGGACUUUAGAGGGUGGACCAACAUCAGCCAGAACCGUAACUACAAUGUACCGCGUGUCGUCACACCUCACCUGAUGAAACAUUUUUAUGAGAACCCAAAGUUCAUUCUCAUGUUCAGGGAUCCUAUAGAAAGAUUGUAUUCUGAUUACUUUUUUGUGGGCGGCGGUCUGACUUCCUUAGAUUUCCAUAACGAUGUGCUGGCCGCCAUAGACAUGGUCUACAACUGUGUCAAAAGGAAUGGGAUGGAGAGAUGCUUUUAUGAUAGGGAGCUCUACAGUAAUCUCCCUGUGCGCCUUCCGUUUGCCUGUUACUCUGUGUUCAUGAGAGAGUGGCUGAGGGUGUUUCCUUUGAAGAAUUUUCUGCUUAUCAAAACUGAAGAGUACCGUGAUGAUCCUGAGGAGACACUGAAGAGGGUCAUGGAGUUUUUAGGUUUAGGUCCACUGAAAGAUGCAGUGCUGCAAGAGAUAGCGGAGGAAGAGAGGUCUAGGGUGACACUGCAGAGAAAAAUAGCAGGGGACAUGAAGAACACUACCAGGGAAAUCUUGCAUCUCCUACUGGACCCCUGCAGCAAAGAACUCGCUCGGCUUGUACAGGACGAUAAAUUUAACUGGGUUUCUUGACAGGUGGUGUUGUUAACCACUGACAUUCAUCUCAUCAUCAUUUGCCAACUUUAACAGUAGAAGAAUCUAUUGUUUCAUCAUUACUAUGCUCAUCGUUAAGCAACUUAAUCAACAGAAAAACAACCUGUUUUUCCAUCAUUAGUGUUCAUCGUUAGACAACUUAUUCAGCAGAAAUACCUGUUGAUGAUCAUUAUUCUGCUCAUUGCUCAUAUGUAGCCAUCUUAAUCGAUCAGGAAACAAAACAAGUUGUUUCAAAACAAGCAUUUAAUUUUUAUGUUGGUUUUAUUUUCCUGCUCUUUCAAAACUUUAUUUUUGUUUUGCUCACACAUGUGAUCUCUAGUUUGUGCCAGAUAAAAAUUUCAUAUUCCAUGUUUUACUUACUUCUAAAUUAUGUUUUACCACUUCUAAAUGAUAUAACAUGACUUUUUAUAUUAUACACAUUAUUUGCGUAGAGUGAAUGAGUUGUAUUAUUUAUACACUUGAUGUAGCCAAGGCACAUUUUAAUUUUGCACAUGUGAAGAAAAGACAUGCAUUGUUACAGUCGCCAGAAAAAUAUAUUUAACUAGUGGCCAGAAAAGCAAAUUGUGGGUUGAAUACUAGAAAACUGAAUGAUUGAAUUAAUACCAUUUUUUAUCACAUUCCACAUUGUGAAUCAGCAACAACAUAAAGUAAAGAUUAUAUGAUUAAAUUAAAGGCUAAAAAGAUAAGCAACAGGUUAAUUUAUUGUCACUAAAAAAUUUUGUAUUAAAAUAAUCCCUUACUAUGUAAAAAGUUGUAUUAGAUGAUUAUUUAAAAAAUAAUCUUGUUUACAUUUAUCUGGGUAUAAUGACCUAUGGUAUUCUAAUGACUUAUGAUAUUUUAUCAAUUUGUGCAACUUUUCAUUGCUAAAGUUUUUUCUAUAAAUACAUUGGAGAGCUUGUUUUCUAUCAGGUAAAAGUGGGCCUACAG